AUGCCUCCAAAAAAUGCAACCACUGGCGCCUCGCGACGUGGCGGCCCUCAGUUCAAGCCCCCCCGUCCCAUAAAAGCACCCACUGCACAAACCACCACAGCCAAACGCGGCCCUGCAGCUCCCAAGAAGGUCGCCGCGCCAACGUCACGGGCGGAAACCCAGCCCCAACCCACAGUCAUCCUCUCCUCCGGCGACGAGCAAGAUGAAUUCGACGACGACAUCGACAUGGACAGUGACGACCUCAUGCAAGACGCGCCCAUGCGGCCCACCACCGCAAGACCCCCAGCUGCCUCCUUCGCAUCCGCCUCACCGUCUAUACCAGCACCACUUCUUGCCCGUCUCCUGUAUGAGAACUUUGAAAACGAGCAAACGCAGAUCCAAAAGGGUGCGAUGAAUCUGGUGGGAAAGUAUCUGGAUAUCUUUGUGAGAGAGGCAUUUGCGCGGGCGAAGCAUGAGCGCGAGCUUGCCGUCAAGGGGGGUGGGAUUAGUGAUGGGUUUUUGCAGGUCGAGGACUUGGAGAAGUUGGCGCCGCAGCUGGUGCUGGACUUUUGA